UACAGUUCAUCAAGUAAUGAAAUGUAGGAGAAAAACACCUAAGCAAAUAAAAAGAUGUGAAUGGUUAGAGAAACUUCUAAAAUUGGAAUCCUACCGUUCAGUUUUUCUUCCUCCAAAGAAAAAUCAUUUAUUUUUGGAUUUUGAAUUAUUGAACCGUUAUCAAGAUGCAUUAAGUAAAGCUUUAGAAUUAUCAAUGAAGCAUAAUUUACCACCAAUUAAUGGUUCAACAUUAAUUAUAUGUUCUACUAGUAAAUAUGUCAAUCAAUCUAAGCGUAAAUCAUCGAAAUCUUAUAUAAAAAUCAUGGGUUUUCUUCUUGGUUCAAUGUGUACAUGGAUUUGUGAAACACCUACAACUUAUGUCACAGUUAAUAAUGAAUACAAUCUAACCCCAAUUGAAGUUCUAUUCAAAGCGAAACAUACUACAGACAAUAAUAAUGAUAUAGUUUCGCAUGUACACGAUUCAAAAUCUAAUAAAUAUCGAUGUCAAUAUAAAAAAAUUGGAAUUUUAGAAAAAACAAAACAAAUCUAUGGAAGACGUAAA